AUGGGAAGGUCUGUGCUGGAAGAUCCGACAAGCCAGAGACUGAUUUCAUGGUGAGUCAGCAGAAGCUGCAAGUGACAGGAUCAGAAGUGGGAGAGCUUCCUCGUUAUGGAUCCCACCCUUCUGAGGGAUCCUUCUCCUGUCCAGCAAAACAGACAUGGGCAGAUGCCAGUCUACUUAUACCUGCCCUCAAGGGCGUGGGAAGGGGGGUGCGGCCUACCCUGGGUGUCAUCCCUGAGGGGUGACAAAAUGGCACACCAUGGGGCGGUACUUACUGCUUUAGAAGAUUCCUCUGGCUCCUCCUUCCAGAGCCCCGCAGACCUUCCAUUGAAACCUGCAUUUUGGGACAAGGUCAGGUUGAGCCACUUGAGGUUGAGGGAUGUGGGACGUCGUCCUCUCAGCCAACAGGGAAGGACUUUAUCCCAUUUCUAAGAGGAUCCUCUCUGCAUUUCAUCAGCCCCCCCCCCCAGACCAUUCUAAUCUCUAGGAUUCCUAGAUGCAGAUCCAAAACAUUUUGGUACCCACAACAUCUCACAAAUAACCAUUUCACAAAACUCCCCUAGGCUGUGGGUUGUUGUGAUAUAUUGUAGGAAUGGAGGAGACAUUUAAUAUUCAUCCUGGAUUGAAAGUUGAACCUCCCUCACUCACACUUUCCGAAACAAGAUUCACACCAAAAACAGUCAUCCUCCAAAAUUAACAUUUCUCCAGAUUUUGUGUGCAUGUAAUAGUUUUAAUAGUUUUAAUGUAAUAGUGCAUGUAAUAGGGGUGCAGCUGGCGCUGUGGUUUAAACCGCAGAGCCUAGGACUUGCCGAUCAGAAGGUCAGCGGUUCGAAUCCCCGCGACAGGGUGAGCUCCUGUUGCUCGGUCCCUGCUCCUGCCCACCUAGCAGUUCGAAAGCACGCCAGUGCAAGUAGAUCAAUAGGUACCGCUCUGGCGGGAAGGUAAACGGCGUUUCCAUGUGCUGCUCUGUCAUGCUGGCCACAUGACCUGGAAGCUGUACGCCGGCUCCCUCGGUCAAUAAAGCGAGAUGAGCGUCGCAACCCCAGAUUCGGCCACGACUGGACCUAAUGGUCAGGGGUCCCCUUACCUUUACCUUAUGGUUUUUAAAAAAGCAUACCAAAAAUAUAUUAUCUUAGGGCAAAUUGGUUUGCAGAAAAUGUGAAUAUUUGGCACAAUUGCAUAUAAAAGUGUGUAUCAAAAGAAAUUCACAUUAAAAUGCUGUUGAAUUUUCCUCUGGACUUUCGGUCAGCUUUAACUCAGUGGUUUCUGUUAUUUCCUUAAACUCCCUUUGUCAGAAAAAUUGUACAUAUUUACACCCCCACCACAUGUGAACACAAUUCCCUGUUUCCUGGCAGUGCUAUGCACACUGAUAGACACACCUCAUUCCAGUAUCUGAAUUUUUGUGCACUAAACUUGCCUGGAGAGCUGAACUGCAAAAUUCAGAGGAGGGUGAAUUUUAAAAGAUGGCUGUGUUUUGGAUCUUAUUCCCAACUGGUAACUUUUAACUGCCCGCCCCCUUUUUAAAUGCAUUUUGGUGCCAAGGUCUUUUGUAUGAUUGUCUAGGAAUCCUAGAGCUCAGACCAGUGUAUUGGACAUCGUGGAAAUGCACAGAGGAAGUCCCCUAGGGCUGAAAUGAAAUAUCUCCUCUUGAACAGGGUGAGAAAUUCCCACAGUCCUGGCCCUCUGGUGUCCCAGAAGGCAAAGUCCAAAUCUAUACCAGGCUGAAGAGGAAGGAUGGAGGAAGGUGGAAUCAUCUAAAGGAAGGUGCGGUUAAUCUGUUGGCCAUCCAGAUGUUGAUGGGUGUCAACUCCAGUCGCCCCGUAUUGGCCCUGUUGUCUGGGGCUGAUGGGAGUUGGAGUCCAACAACAUCUGGAAGGUGACAGGUUCGCCUCCCCUGAUCCAGAGGACCAGGAGGAGAUCUGUGGAACUUUGGUCAGUCCAGACAUUUGGACAAUGGUGGGGAACCUUUGGUCCUCCAAAAGUUGCUGGACUCCCAUCAACUGCAGCAAAAAUGGCCAAUGGCCAGGGAUAAUGGGUGGGUUGUUGCUUUGGUCAUCCAUCCGGGCCAAAGAGAAGGAGUAGAAGAGGUUGUCAGAAUUUCCACAUCUUGAUGCUUGCCAAGGAGGGAGAUGCCUGAUCUUAACUCUUCAGCAUCUUAACCCUUGCAGCUUUCACUACCUCCACCCUCUGGACUCCACCUUCGCCCAGAAGCCGCAAUCUAGACUUGAGAUCUGAUAGGCGGAUUUCAACACAUUUAUCUUUUCUCUCCAUCCAUGUGACAGACCCCACCCCACCCAUCGAUGGUAACCAGAUAGCAAAAUGAUUUGUGCGGUUUGGUUCUGUUGGUGCCAUAUAAGGAGACUGGGGAAAGGAGAAACGGAUUGAACCCGGAAUUGGCAGAGCUGCUCAUCCAUCUCUGGGGCUGAUGGGAACUACAGAAGAACAACAUCUGGGGGGUCAGAGGUCCCUAACAAAUGGGAUGAUGGCGGUCAUAACAGUGUGAAGCAUGUGCUCACUUGCCAUGCUUGUAGCUCUUGUGUUGCCCCUUGUGGAACUCAGCAGAGAGCAGGAUGGAGAGGAAACUAGGAUGAGCUGUCUCUGUGCCUGACCAGCUGUUGGGCUCCUUGAUUUAUGUGCAAGGGACAGCAGCUGCCAGUAAAAUCUUUGAUAUGGGGAGCUUGGUGGUAGAUCCCCUGCAAUGCACUCUCCGUAUGGCUACCUUUGAAAGUGACUCAGAAACUACAACUAAUACAGAAUGUGGCUACUAGGCUGGUAGCCAGGAGUGGCUGCCAGGACCAUACAACACCGGUCCCAAAAUAUCUACAUUGGCUCUCACUACGAUUCUGAGCACAAUUGGUGCUGGCUACUAAAGCCCUGGGAUGCGGGUGGCGCUGUGGGUUAAACCACAGAGCCUAGGACUUGCCGAUCAGAAGGUCGGCGGUUCGAAUCCCCGCGACGGGGUGAGCUCCCACUGCUCGGUCCCUGCUCCCACCCACCCAGCAGUUCAAAAGCACGCCAGCACAAGUAGAGAAAUAGGUACCGCUCCGGCGGGAAGGUAAAGGGCAUUUCCGUGCGCUGUUCUGGUUCGCCAGAAGCGGCUUAGUCAUGCUGGCCACAUGACCUGGAAGCUGUACGCCGGCUCCCUCAGCCAAUAAAGCAAGAUGAGCUCCGCAACCCCAGAGUUGGCCACGACUGGACCUGAUAGUCAGGGGUCCCUUUACCUUUACCUUUACUAAAGCCCUAAAUAGUCUCAGCCCUGUAUCCCUGAAGGAGCAUCUCCACUCCCAUCAUUCAGCCCAGACACUUAAAUCCAACUCCAAGGGUCUUCUGGUGGUUCCAUCACUGAGAGAAGUGGAGUUAUGGGGGAUGAGGCAGAGGGUCUUCUUGGUAGUGACGCCCUCCCUGUGGAAUGCCCUCCCAUCAGAUGUCAAAGAAAUAGACAAAGUUAUGACCUUCCGUAAACAUCUGAAGGCAGCCCUGCGGAGGGAAGCUUUGAAUGUCUGAUGUUCUGCUGUGUUUUUGUAUAUUCUGUUGGAAGUUUCCCAGUGUGCUUUGGGCAACUAGGUCUGAUGGGUCGGGUACAAACAACAACAGCAGUAAGAUCAACAACAAAAACAAUUUGUUAUUAUUAAGGGCCGUGGGGUGGAGGGUGGUCUUUUGCACAGGGACUGGGAGAGCAUUGAUUCAUGGGAUCUCUGACCCUGACCGUUGCUUUGUUUCCAGUGUUGAUAAGGUUGUCCUGGGAGCACAUGACCUCAAAUAUGUCUGCAAAAAUUACAGUGUGGCCCACGUCUACCGGCAUCCAAAGUUUAUGCCUAAGGACAUCACCUUUUCAAAUGAUAUCCAUCUGCUCAAGGUAUCUCACCCCAAGCAUUUUUCUCACUCUGCAAGCACCCCCGAGGGCAGCGAUUCUGAAGGCGCGAAAUAUAAUGGACUCGUUCAGCUGACUCCAGCUCUUUGAUCAUUAGUAUGAUCAGAUUAUUAUCACUAUUUAUUGUUGUUGUUGUUGUUUAGUCGUUUAGUCGUGUCCGCCUCUUCGCGACCCCCUGGACCAGAGCACACCAGGCACUCCUGUCUUCCACUGCCUCUCGCAGUUUAAUUAAACUCAUGCUGGUCGCUUUGAGAACACUAUCCAACCAUCUCGUCCUCUGUCGUCCCCUUCUCCUUGUGCCCUCCAUCUUUCCCAGCAUCAGGGUCUUUCCCAGGGAGUCUUCUCUUCUCAUGAGGUGGCCAAAGUCUUGGAGCCUCAGCUUCAGGAUCUGUCCUUCCAGUGAGCACUCAGGGCUGAUUUCCUUCAGAAUGGAUCGGUUGGAUCUUCUUGCAGUCCUUGGGACUCUCACGAUUUAUUAGAGUUCAUUACAGUGGUAUCUCAGGUUAAGUACUUAAUUUGUUCCGGAGGUUCAUUCUUAACCUGAAACUGUUCUUAACCUGAAGCACCAUUUUAGCUAAUGGGGCCUCCCGCUGCCACCGUGCCACUGGAGCACGAUUUCUGUUCUCAUCCUGAAGCAAAGUUCUUAACCUGAAGCAAUAUUUCUGGGUUAGCGGAGUCUGUAACCUGAAGCGUAUGUAACCUGAAGCCUAUGUAACCUGAGGUACCACUGUAUUAUGAACGCAGUUCUGCAUUCAUAAAGGAACAGGUUUCAAGGGCUUCCUAUUGCAACGCUAAGGCGCUCAUUUCUGCCUCAUCUCCCUCUCCUUUCCCCAACUGCAGUCAAAGGUUCGUCGGAAUGAAAACAUUCGCAUCCUGCCAUUGCCAACAUCUAGCAGAGACCUCUCUGAGGGGACGCACUGCACUGUGGCCGGCUGGAGCCCGAAUGAGGAAAAUUGCCCAUAUAUGCUCUAUGCGGCCUACGCCAGCAUCUAUGACCGACGCAAGUGCCAGAAGUUCUAUCCCAAGAUCGACCGUGGAAAGAUCUGUGCAGGCCAUCAGUAUCAGGUAAGCGUCAGCAGAAACGGCAGGCGGCAGGACCAGAAGCAGGGGAGCAGGAGGAGCACCGUCCUGUUAUUGGACAGGAUCCGCAGCAUGGAAAAGGGAAAAUAGGAAGCGGCGGUGGGAACCGGUGGAGGAAAAUACGUAGAAUGUGUAUGUAUGUAUGCAUGGAAACUUAAUAAUAAAUAGAAACCUAGGAAAUUAGCUUUCCCUUCCCUCGCCCCGGGAGAUGCAUAGGAACAGCUCAGUAAUGCCUACUCUGGCAAACAGCAGCAGACAUUUUUAGCCCUACCUGGGGAUGCCAUUGGGACGUUCUGCACGCCAGGCAAGUGCUCUAUCAGUGAGCUCUGGUUUUAACCAAAUGAAGAUUCCAGUCCUCAUGGGUUUGAAUGAUUAGCUCAGCAUUGUCACGGUUUCGGACGGGGUUGUCUCCCACUCAGCCACAGCUGCAGAUGCUGCCACAGCUGGAGCCAAGCGAGGAAAGGGGAUAACCCUCUUCUCCAGCAACAUGGACGUGGGCAGAGGCCAGUCACUGGGCAGAUGGGGAUUGCUGCUCUUCAUUUCGGUGCCUCAGGGCUGAGCCUCCAAGAACUGAAUGCCCCCCUGUCACAGAUGGUGGAAUCAUAGAAAUGUAGAGAUUGAAGGGACCCCCAAGGGUGGGGGAGGUCCGCUCCCCCGCCAUACAGGAAUCUCAGGAAACAUGUGCAUGCCAAUCCCCAGCCACACAGCUCCCCAAGUGACCCUGGGGCCUAGUAACUAGCUCCCAGCCUGGCCUACCUCACAGGGUUGUUUUCUGGAUGACAGGGAGAGGAAGGGAAGCCAUAUUUGAGCUCCUUACAGGAGAAGGAAGUCUGUCAAUACAAUAUGUAUUUGUGUGUGGACUCAGAGAAAACUAUGAAGCGAUGUACAAAAGUGGGGAGCCGAGAUUAAAUAUCAGGAAAAUUCAAAACAAGAGAGAAACAGGAAUUGGCAGGUUUGCCUAUCUUGUUGCAGUUGAAGUCCUCCUUGAGGUGGAGCCAAAUCUUCCCCCACUUGCCAUCUUUGUUUCCUUCCUUCCACAGGGGGAGAUGGGUGAUCCUUUGGUGUGCAACGGCGUAGCGCAUGGAAUCCUCUCCUACAGCAACCCCUGCCCUCCUGCCGUUUACACUCGCAUCGCCCAGUACCUUCCUUGGAUCAAGAAAACCAUGGCCAAGUGA